CACUGAUAGGUGGCACUGAUUGGCAGCACUGAUUGGCAUUGAUAGGGGGCACUGACUGCCACUGAUGGGUGACACUGAAAGGCAGCUCAGAUGGGCACUGAUAUGUGGCAUUGAUGUGGCACUGAUGGGCACUGGCAGGUGGCACUGUUCAGCACUGACAGCUGGCACUGAUGGACACUGACAGGUGGCACUUCUGGGGCCACACUGAUCAUCAGGGCACACUGAUCAUCAGUGCCCUGAUGAUCACUGUCAGCGUGACAGCUCGAGAGGAGAGAAAUGCUGAUAACCGGCAUUUCCCUGUUUACAUGUGAUCAGUUGUGAUUGG